AUGGGAAACAAUAUCGGUAAGGCGUGCCAUUGCCUCGAUGCCGCCGGAGAGAUCUCCCGGCGCCAGCAUGACUUCCCAGUGAUCCUCUCCGACCAACUCGAUGAGGGCUUGGGUCAUUCCUUCCGCUACUUCCCACCUGGCUUACCCUGGCUAUUCUCUUCUUCCUCCACCUCCGAGGUGGACGGCUCCUUCGCAACGACUACGUUCAGAUCGAUAUCCGGUGCCUCCGUCAGCGCCAACACCUCCACGCCUCUUUCCACCUCUCUCCCAGACCUUUGCAGCUUCUCCGUCAUUGAUAGGGCCUCCUCGUUCGCGAGCUCCACUUCCUUCUUUUCCAGUCCUCUCCAACCACUCCCUCGAUGCUCCAUCGCCGGUUCUGCUCCCUCGACAACGAAAAAGUUUGUGUCGGGCCCGAUAGAGGAAGUAUGCGGCAAGCUACAAAAUGGAGGCCCCAUAUACAAGGCUAGAACCGAGUCGGAGAAACCUCGUUUCAUUAAUAUCUUCAGAAAACUGAUAUUUCACAUGAAAUCCAUUGCGGCAGCACUGAUUAAAGCUGAUAAUAAUGUCAAGAAACCCAAUUCGAAGAAAAAGAACUGGAAAGUGACAGUGAGGCGUGGUGAUAAUUUGUAUUCAAAACGUGGUGAUGCUUAUGAUCAGGAGAGUCAGUAUUCUAUGGAGAAAGAGAAACUUCAGUGGGCGGAGGGGAAGGCAGGGGAGGAUCGAGUUCAAGUGGUGAUUUCUGAGGAACAUGGUUGGGUUUUCGUGGGGAUUUAUGAUGGGUUUAAUGGCCCUGAUGCAACUGAGUAUUUGCUUUCUAUUCUCUAUUCGAAUGUGCAUAACGAGCUCAAGGAUUUAGUUUGGAAUGCCAAGUUUGAGCCCACAUCUAUCUUAUCAAAUUCAAUUGAAGAGGAUGAUCAAACACAAACGAGGAAUAUAGAUGAGGAAAACGACAUGCUAAGAAAUGCAGAUAUGGAUUUGGAUCCCUAUUCAAAUAGAAAUGUUCAGGUUAAGAAUUCCAAGGAUAUGCGUGAAGGGUUGGGGAUGAAAUGGAAGGGAAAAAGUCAAAGCAGCUGGAGUAGUUGUGAAUGUGAUGUUGAGAGAUCUGUAGAGCCUGAGAGGAAGCUGUUAACAAGACAGCUGAGUCAUUUGGAGGCUGACAGGCCAAUGGGAUCUGAUAUUCAUUCAGAGGUGUUGAGGGCAUUGUCCGAGGCAUUGAGGAAGACAGAAGAUGCUUAUUUGGAGAUUGCAGAUGAUAAUGUGGAGAAGAGUCCUGAGUUAGCUCUAAUGGGAUCAUGCGUUCUGGUGAUGUUGAUGAAGAAUGAAGAUGUUUACUUGAUGAAUGUGGGGGAUAGUCGUGCAGUGUUAGCUCAGGAGGCCGAACUUGAUGAUCUUGGGCCAAGGAAAAUGCACCUGGACUUCAAACAGAUUAGAGAGGACACUUCAAGAAAUCACAACUUGGUUGAUCAUGGUUUUGGAUGGGGGGUAUUACCCAAUUUAAUUCCCCUCCAACUCACUACUGAUCACAGCACAUAUGUGGAAGAGGAAGUUCAGAGAAUUAGAACUGACCAUCCUGAUGAUGCUUCUGCAAUUGAGAAUGAUCGAGUGAAAGGUUAUUUAAAGGUCACUCGGGCUUUUGGGGUUGGAUUUCUCAAACAGCCUAAGUGGAAUGAUGCACUUUUGGAGAAGUUUAGAAUCGAGUAUGUUGGGACAUCCCCUUACAUCACAUGCUUACCUUCACUCUACCACUACAGGCUUGGCCCAAGGGACAGAUUCUUGAUAUUGUCCUCCGAUGGGCUUUAUCAGUACUUAAGCAACGAAGAAGCUGUCUCUCAAGUUGAAUACUUCAUCGAUAAAUAUCCUAAAGGAGAUCCCGCACAACACCUCAUCGAACAAGUAUUGUUUCAAGCUGCUCAAAAACAUGGUAUGGAGUUGGAUGAGUUACUUGAUAUCCCACAAGGGGAGCGCCGCCGUUAUCAUGAUGAUGUUUCCAUCGUUGUUAUUUAUUUGGAAGGACGGAUAUGGCGUUCAUAUAUUUAA